CCAUCCGCCGCCCCCGCGCCCGGCCGCCGCCCGACCGCCAUCGCCCGGGCCCGUCGCUCGCGGACGCAGACCAGGCAAAUCGGGAUCGGUGCCGAGAAAAAUUUCCUUACUAGAUGACAUUUCAUCGCAAUGUCCGAUCGUUUGGGGCAAAUAACCCAGGGCAAGGAUGGGAAAAGCAAGUACUCGACUCUCAGCCUGUUUGACAAGUAUAAAGGGAGAUCAGUAGGCGCGGUCAGAUCCUCAGUUAUUCCUAGACAUGGCUUACAGAGUCUCGGGAAAGUUGCCACAGCCCGGCGUAUGCCACCGCCUGCAAACCUGCCAAGCCUGAAGUCUGAAAACAAAGGAAACGACCCCAACAUCGUGAUAGUACCCAAGGACGGGACAGGAUGGGCCAACAAGCAGGACCAGCCAGACCCAAAGAGUUCCAGUGUGACAGCCUCUCAGCCGCUGGAGUCGCAGCCGCAGCCGGCUUUGCAGAAAUCUGUCUCCAAUUUGCAGAAACCGACACAGUCAAUCAGUCAGGAGAACACAAGUUCAGUGCCAGGUGGACCAAAGUCAUGGGCACAGCUGAGUGGAAAGCCAGUCGGACACGAAGGUGGUUUAAGGGGCUCAAGCCGACUAUUAUCCUUCUCUCCCGAGGAAUUUCCGACGCUGAAAGCAGCCGGAGGGCAGGACAGGGCUGGCAAAGAAAAGGGCGCCUUCGAUCUGUCGUAUGGGCCAGGACCAAGCCUCCGCCCUCAGAAUGUGACAAGCUGGAGGGAGGGUGGUGGGCGAAACAUCAUUUCUGCCACGCCUCUGCACACCUCCCCAACAGAGCUGGGCAGCAGGAACUCCAGUGCGGGAGACGGAGCCCCCUCCUCGACGUGCACCAGCGAUUCUAAGGACCCCUCUCUCCGCCCAGCCCAGCCCAUCCGCAAAGGGACCUCACAGUUCAUGGGACAUAUUUACCAGCCUCCCACUUACCAUGACAUGCUUCCUGCUUUUAUGUGUUCACCACAGUCAUCAGAGAACCAGGGUACGGUGGAACGAAGCUCCUUCCCCCUUCCUCAGCUCCGCCUGGAACCCCGGGUUCCUUUUAGACAGUUCCAGAUGAAUGACCAAGAUGGGAAAGAAAGGUCCGGCCUGGCACGCCCAGUACGCCCACUGAGGCAGCUGGUGGAGCGGGCACCACGGCCCACUAUCAUCAACGCAGAGAACUUGAAGGGCCUGGAUGAUCUGGACACGGAUGCAGACGAUGGCUGGGCAGGCCUCCAUGAGGAAGUGGACUAUUCCGAGAAACUGAAGUUCAGUGAUGAUGAAGAUGAGGAGGAAGUUGUGAAGGAUGGGCGGUCCAAGUGGAACAGCUGGGACCCGAGGCGGCAGCGGGAGUUGUCACUGAGCUCUGCAGACAGUGCCGAUGCCAGGCGUAUUCAAGAGGAAGGAAAGGACUGGGGAGAAGCAGGGAGUGUGUCCCGAGUUGUCCGGAAGGGGCCAGAGCCACAGCCUCCUUCCAGGAAGCUUCACAGCUGGGCAUCUGGCCCUGACUACCAGAAGCCCACAGUGGGCAGCACCUUCCGACAGCAGUCCUCUGAGGACAAGGAGGACAAGCCACCCCCAAGGCAGAAGUUCAUCCAGUCAGAGAUGUCGGAGGCUGUGGAGCGAGCCCGGAAGCGCAGGGAAGAAGAAGAGCGCAGGGCCCGGGAGGAGAGGCUGGCGGCCUGUGCUGCCAAACUCAGGCAGCUGGAUCAGAAGUGCAAGCAGGCCCCGAAGGCCAGCCAGGCCCCGAAGCCUGUGGAGAAGGAGGGCCCCCGGUCCCCGGGCAUCGAGAAGGCCUCCCCACAGGAGAACGGCCUUAUUGUCCGCAAAGACUCCCCAGAGUUCCCUGUCCAAGAAGCACCAAGCAUGUUCUUAGAAGAGACACCUGCAACACCCCCUGCAGUAGCUCAGAGCAGCAGCAGCAGCAGCAGCAGCGAGGAAGAAGCCAGGGAGGCCGGGUCCCCUGCACAGGAGUUCAGCAAGUAUCAGAAGUCCCUUCCUCCUCGUUUCCAGCGGCAGCAGCAGCAGCAGCAGCAGCAGCAGCAACAGCAGGAGCAACUAUACAAGAUGCAGCACUGGCAGCCGGUGUACCCCCCGCCUUCUCACCCCCAGCGCUCCUUCUACCCACACCACCCCCAGAUGCUGGGCUUUGACCCACGGUGGAUGAUGAUGCCCUCCUACAUGGACCCACGCAUUACACCCACUCGGACACCUGUGGACUUCUACCCCUCAGCCCUGCAUCCUUCAGGACUGAUGAAGCCCAUGAUGCCUCAAGAGUCCCUCAGUGGGACUGGCUGUCGCUCUGAAGAUCAAAGCUGUGUGCCCUCACUCCAAGAAAGAAAAGUGGCCACCAUUGACCCAACUCCUGUGUGGAGCCCAGAGGGUUACCUGGCACUGCAGAGCAAAGGUUACUCACUGGCCCACCCGAAGUCUGCCGACACUCUGGCCAUGGACAUGCACGUCAGGAAUGAGAGGUCUUACUCUGCCUCCCCCGGAAGGUCAGGGGGCUUAAGUGCCCAGCGCGAUCUCUUUGAGGAGAGAGGGGAAGAGCACUUGAGUGCUCUUGACAAGAAGGCCCAAGCAGACUUUGACAGCUGUGUCUCUGCUCAAAGAAUAGGCCAGGAGCUUUUAUUUCCACCCCAGGAAAAUGUUCAGGAGGUGGGUGCUCCUGGGGGGCAUACCCCAAACCUCAGGUGUUCCCCAUUGGAGCCCAACUUUGUCCCAGCCGAGAAAAAGCCAGAGUAUGGCAGUUGGGAUGUUGGCCACCAGCCAAAGGCUGCUGACACAGCUAACAGUGUGGAGCUGGAGGUACCCCAGGAGGAGCCGUCCUUCCAUGCUUCCUCCUGGGAGAAGGAAGGGAGCCCCAAGAAACAACCAAACCCAGAGCCUGAGUGGACACCCGAGCCCCGGAGCCAGCACCAGGAGCAGCCGGGCAGGACCCGGAGGUCGGGACCCAUCAAGAAACCUGUCCUCAAGGCCCUGAAGGUGGAAGAGAAGGAGAAGGCACUGGAGAGGGUCAGGCAGGGCCUGGGAGUGGAGAGCUCUCAGUUGGCCAUAGACAAAGAGCCCGUGUGCAGGACAGAAGAAGAUGAGGAUGAAGAGAACAACCCUGCUCUGGCCAAUGCCUCCUCUUCUGCCCUGGAGGACAAGGCUGCUGCCCGGGCUGGGUUUGGCCAUGAGGCCAGCAAGCUGGAUGAAGAUGCAAAGGCUGAUAAGACCUGGGAGAGCAGGCCCUCGAGGGAUGCCAGUGACAUUCCCCCAACCAAGAGAAACAACUGGAUCUUCAUUGAUGAGGAGCAGGCCUUUGGGGGCCGGGGCCAGACCCGCGGCCGUGGCCGUGCCUUCAGAGAGUUCACCUUCCGAGGCAGCCGGCCUGCGGGCAGCAACCCAAGUGGUCUGUGUGGCACCAGUGCCCUUGGGGCUCGCAGCGUGUACAGUGGUGGCCAGCGCAGCAGCCGAGGCAGGGCCCUUCGUGACUUCCCCCUGCCAGAAGACUGCCCUAGAGCCAAGCCCAGGCGCCGCAUCGCCAGUGAGACCCACAGCGAGGGCUCUGAGUAUGAAGAGCUACCCAAGAGGCGGCGUCAGCGGGGCUCCGAGCCUGGCCACGAGGGCAUGCUCCUGGAAAGGGACGAGGGCGCCCUGAAGAAGGACUCUUGGCGCUCCAACAGGACUUACACAGAGGACCAGGGUGGCCUAGACGCCCGCAGCCGGGGGCCCCGGGUCUGUGGGAGAGCCCUCCCACCUCGCCUGAGCAAUUGCAGCUAUGGCCGAAGAACCUUUGUCACCAAAGAGCCUCCCCACUGGCAGAGCAGGAGCCCAGGCGGCUCCUGGCAGGAAUAUGGCCCCUCGGACCCACGUGGCCCACGGCGAACCACUGACAGAGACUAUACCCCAGACUCCUACCAACCCUCUGACACAUUUGGCAGCAGGCCCUUCGAGGACAGCCGCGUGGAGGGCAAGAGGUCCUUUUUCCAAGACGACCACGGGGCAGAUUCUGAGAAUGCAGAGAACAGGCCCUUCCGUCGGAGGCGGCCCCCACGCCAAGACAAGCCCCCUCGCUUCCGGCGCCUCCGUCAAGAGCGGGAGUCCCUGGGCUUGUGGGGACCCGAGGAGGAGUCCCACCUGCUGGCAAGUCAAUGGCCAGGCCGGUCCAAACUCAGUCCUGGGGACAGGAGUGGUCCUGGAGGUCACAGGUCCCCAGAGCUCCCCUACCAGAAUUCUUGUGAUCAUGUCAACGAGGAGUGGGAGACUGCCUCUGAGAGCAGCGACUUCAGCGAGCGCAGGGAGCGGCGAGAAGGCCUUGCAGCUGAGCCUGAAAUGCAGGGGGAUGGCGGCCUAUCAGGGGCCAGUCUGGGUGAGAAGAAGGAGCUGGCCAAGCGGAGCUUCUCCAGCCAGAGGCCCCUGGCUGACAGACAGAGCCGCAAGCUGGAGCCGGGAGGGUUUGGGGAGAAGCCUGUUAGGCCAGGUGGGGGUGAGGCUUCCCCCCGCUGCGAGAGCCAGCAGAGCGGGACUUCUCUGAAAGUCAAAAGACUAGUGUCAGAAGAGUUGAUGAGAGAACAAAACACGGUCCACCGCUAUGCCCACGGCCCCAAGCGGCUCAGCGCCCCCGCCGCUUCCAAGUACUUACCGGUGCCCUUGGUCAGCCAGCGCGAGACCCGAAACACAGAGCUCCGAGCACGGAAAGAGCUCGUGGGAGGACACCGUGCUCUCUUAAAGACCGGCAACGCCCCCCGGCCGGCUCCCACGUUCCCGCCGGUUGAGCUCCGCGCACGCUCGCCCCGCCUCUGCCCUCCUGCCGCGCACGCGCGCAGCCGAGGCCGUCGGGCCGCGCAGGAACGACUAGUUGAGCGUCGAUCGGUGGGCGGUGAAGAGAGCGGCCUCAGCCCCCAACGGUCGAGCCUGCCAGGCGGUUCGCAGUCGUGGCCUCGCAUGGGGAGCCACUUUGCAGGACUCGAGGAGACGCUGGGUGCCCUCCCGGGCUUGCUUUUCUGCAGAAUGUUGAGAUUUUUGAAGCGGCCUCUAGUGGUGACUGCUGACAUCAACUUGAACUUGGUGGCUCUGACUAGCCUGGGUCUACUCACUCGGCUCUGGCAACUCUCCUACCCUCGGGCUGUGGUUUUUGAUGAAGUCUAUUACGGGCAGUACAUCUCCUUUUACAUGAAGCGCAUCUUCUUUCUGGAUGACAGUGGACCACCCUUUGGCCACAUGCUGUUGGCCUUAGGAGGUUAUUUAGGAGGAUUCGAUGGUAACUUUUUGUGGAACCGAAUUGGAGCAGAAUACAGCAGCAACGUGCCAGUGUGGUCCUUGCGCCUGCUGCCAGCCCUUGCUGGGGCUCUGUCAGUACCCAUGGCCUACCAGAUAGUGUUGGAGCUUCACUUUUCCCACUGCGCUGCCAUGGGGGCCGCCCUGCUGAUGCUCAUAGAGAACGCCCUGCUCACCCAGUCCAGGCUCAUGCUGUUGGAGUCCUUGCUGAUAUUCUUUAACCUCCUGGCCGCGCUGGCGUAUCUGAAGUUCUUCAACUCCCAAACGCACAGCCCUUUCUCACUGCAAUGGUGGCUGUGGCUGAUGCUGACGGGGGUCUCCUGUUCCUGUGCAGUUGGGAUCAAAUACAUGGGGAUUUUUACCUACUUGCUCGUGCUCAGUAUUGCAGCUGUCCAUGCCUGGAACCUGAUCGGAGACCAGACCUUGUCAAAUAUCCAAGUGUUCAGUCAUGUGAUCGCCAGAGCAGUGGCCCUGCUGAUCGUCCCAGUUGUCCUGUACUUACUGUUCUUCUAUGUCCACCUAAUGCUGCUCUAUCGCUCUGGGCCCCACGACCAAAUCAUGUCCAGCGCCUUCCAAGCCAGCUUGGAGGGAGGGCUCGCCCGCGUCACCCAGGGCCAGCCCCUGGAGGUGGCCUUCGGUUCCCAGGUCACCCUGAGGAGCGUCUUCGGCAAGCCCCUGCCCUGCUGGCUUCACUCCCAUAAGGACACCUACCCCAUGAUAUAUGAGAAUGGCCGGGGCAGCUCCCACCAGCAGCAGGUGACCUGCUACCCCUUCAAAGACAUCAAUAACUGGUGGAUCGUAAAGGACCCUGGGAGACAUCAGCUGGUGGUAAACAAUCCUCCCAGGCCUGUGCGCCAUGGAGACAUUGUACAGCUUGUUCACGGCAUGACCACCCGCCUCCUUAACACGCACGAUGUUGCAGCCCCACUGAGCCCCCAUUCUCAAGAAGUCUCCUGUUACAUUGACUAUAACAUCUCCAUGCCUGCCCAGAACCUCUGGAAACUGGACAUUGUCAACAGAGAGUCCAGCCAGGAUACCUGGAAGACUAUCCUGUCUGAAGUACGCUUUGUGCAUGUGAACACGUCUGCCAUCUUGAAGCUGAGCGGGGCUCACCUCCCUGACUGGGGGUUCCGGCAGUUGGAGGUGGUUGGGGAGAAGUCACGAGGCCACCACGAGAGCAUGGUGUGGAAUGUGGAAGAACACCGGUAUGGCAAAAGCCAGGAGCAGAAGGAGAGGGAACGGGAGCUGCAUCUACCCACUCAGGUUGACAUCAGCAGGAACCUGAGCUUCAUGGCCAGAUUCUCGGAACUGCAGUGGAAGAUGCUGACGCUGAAGAACGAGGAUUCUGAACACAAGUACAGCUCCACCCCGCUGGAGUGGGUCACCUUGGACACCAACAUCGCCUACUGGCUACACCCCAGGACCAGUGCUCAGAUCCACUUGCUUGGAAACAUCGUGAUCUGGGCUUCAGCCAGCUUUGCCACAGUGGCCUACACCCUACUCUUCUUCUGGUACCUGCUCCGCCGGCGAAGAAGUAUCUGUGACCUCCCUGAGGAUGCCUGGUCCCACUGGGUGCUAGCUGGAGCCCUGUGUACUGGCGGCUGGGCACUCAACUACCUGCCCUUCUUCCUGAUGGAGAGGAUGCUCUUCCUCUACCACUACCUGCCAGCACUCACCUUCCAGAUCCUGCUGCUUCCGAUCGUCCUGCAGCACGUCAGUGACCACCUGUGCAGGUCCCAGCUGCAGAAGAAUGUCUUCAGUGCCCUGGUUGUAGCCUGGUAUUCCUCUGCAUGCCAUGUGUCCAACAUGCUUCGUCCACUAACCUAUGGGGACACGUCACUCUCACCAGGAGAACUCCAAGCCCUUCGCUGGAAAGACAGCUGGGACAUUCUGAUCCGGAAUUACUAGCUAACAAGAGCGAGGAAGACAAACAUGCGGAACAGGAUCUAAAAAUGUGUUUGUCUCCCACCGGCAGAGGCCUCAGCAGUCAGGGACUGGCUGGGUCCAGGAAGGACUCCAGGGAUUAAUUACAAUUUCUCCUGAAGAGCCACUGGUUUCUCAUUUGAAGUGAUUUAUUCCUCUUCACACAGUGAAGACUAUACCCACAGUAUCACCUGUGAGGCCCACCUCUGACCAGCCAAGGCAGGCAGGAGCACCCGGCCAGGGAAGGAGUGGACAGGACUCCAGUGAUGAGCCUGAGCUUGCCACUAGCUGUGGGGGGGGGGGGGGGGGGG